AUGUCUACGAUCACAACCCAUACCCACCCGGCCAUCGAUACCAUACCUGCCAGAGCUGUCUCAUUACCGGCUAAUCUCUUACUAUUACAGCAAUCGGUGUUGGAUUCGGUGAAAUCGGAUCGUGUGAUAAACACCGGGCCUGAAGAGGACAGACGCCGGCGGACUAUAAUUGUCGAGAAACGUAACCAAUCAUUUGGAUUCACAUUACAGACCUACGGCAUAAAGCACCAUCGUGAAGGUGAUGUAGAGCUACUGACCUACGUUGACCAUGUUGAAUACGAUGGACCCGCAUUCAGGGGCGGUAUGAGACCCGGCGAUGUUAUACUGUCCAUAAAUGGCCGCGAUAUGGAAAGGGCCGAUCACAAGACCUUGGUCAAAUAUAUUAGCGCGUGCGAAAAAACCAUGAGGAUCGUGGUACUUUUUGAGGACUGUGUCCGCAAAGUGGAGCUCCAUAUCAAGUAUUUAAAGCUUAAGGUCAUGUGUUGUUAA